GCCAUGCAUCUGAGAUGGAAGAAGCCGCAUCUGCAGCUAAUUAAGCAUCAGCAAUGGCAGCAGCGAGGACGUGGAGUAGGCGAGGCUUGGUGGCGCUCCUCCUGCUGGCUAUGAUCUUCCCAAGCUUAUUGUCGCCAUCGGAUGCUACUUCUACUUAUUUGAGGCGGCGGCAGGUCCUCAAGCGCCUCAACAAGCCUCCUCUCGCAACCAUUCAGAGCCCAGAUGGAGAUAUCAUAGACUGUGUGCACAUCUCCAGACAGCCUGCAUUCGAUCAUCCUCUCCUCAAGGACCAUACAAUCCAGCCUUCCAGCCAGCCAAGUGGCCUAUAUGGAGAAGCAACACGUCCAUUCACCCAAACAUGGAAUCAGAACGGCGAAAAGUGCCCUGACAACACUAUACCAAUCCGAAGGACCAAGGAGGAGGAUGUCAUGAGGGCCACCUCUCUUACAACGUUUGGCAAGAAGACGCACGACAUGAGCUCUCACCCUCACUCUCACUUGGCUGGUGUCACAAGCGGCCACUACUAUGGUGUAGCAUAUGCAACCGGAGAUGCCAACUACUACGGAACCAAAGUGACCAUCAAUGUGUGGCAACCAACGAUUGCAACAUCUGGUGAUUUCAGCCUGUCCCAACUAUGGAUCUCAGCGGGCUCCUAUGAUAACAAGGACCUUAAUACCAUUGAAACAGGAUGGCAGGUGUACCCAGCUAUGUACGGGGAUGACAAAACUAGACUCUUCAUCUACUGGACUCGUGAUGCAUAUAACGAAACGGGAUGUUACAACCUAGCAUGCUCAGGAUUCAUCCAGACAAACCCGCAGUUCGUCAUCGGUGGCAGCAUAUCCCCUGUCUCCACCUAUGGUGACACACAAUAUGAGUACGAUUAUUUAGUUUGGAAGGACCCAGCGGGGGGCAAUUGGUGGUUGCAAGUGCAAGGCAAUAAUGUGGGCUACUGGCCAUCAUCCAUCUUCACCCUCCUGCAGACAGGCGUUGCCGACAGUGUGGAAUGGGGUGGGGAGGUGAAUUCGCCUCAAAUUACCACACCCAUGGGUAGUGGACAUUUUCCUGAGGAAGGGUUCGGCAAGGCCACCUACAGCAGAGCAAUCCAAGUUGUUGAUUCCUCCAACAAUCUCAAACCACCAAAUGGUGUGGGCUUGAUAGCUCCGUUGCCCAGUUGCUAUAACGUCAUGACUGGUUCCUCCAGUACCACCAGUUGGGGCACUUACAUCUACUAUGGCGGGCCUGGGUGCCCUCAAAACUCUCAAAUUGAAGUGAUGUAGAGAGAUCGAUCGUGCUCGCCAUCAAACUACCUACAUCUCCUUAAUAAUUUACAUCUAGUACUACAUGCGCCCAAUAAUAAAGUAUUAUUAGCUAGGGUCUAUACUAGCUAAUAGUACAUGUCUCAUUUCAUGCUCUGGUUGCUAGUACGUACGUGUAUGUAUACAUUUGCAUGUAUAUGUAAGAGGUUUGAACCAAGCUAGCAAAUAAAUGUAUUGUUACAGUUUAC